AAGCUAUAAUAUAGCUAAGUUGGCAACAGUGCUGGGAAUGGUCAAACGCCAUUGUGUACAAAAAGUGUGUCGCUCUCGCCAGUUUUAUAAAUUGCCAAAAAUAAAAGAAAAGGUCGUUAUCGUUAGUGUUUUAUACAUUUUUAGCUUCCAAGGAAAUCGAGCACAAAAGGCAAAACACAAAAUGGGAAAUGAAUCGUCGCUGCCAAUGGAAAUGUGCUCAAAUUUUGAUGCGGAUGAGAUACGUAGAUUGGGCAAACGUUUCCGCAAACUGGAUCUGGACAAUUCGGGGGCGCUGAGUGUAGAUGAGUUCAUGUCGUUGCCAGAACUGCAGCAAAAUCCGUUGGUGCAGCGUGUUAUCGAUAUAUUCGAUGCGGAUGGCAAUGGUGAAGUCGAUUUCAAGGAAUUCAUUCAAGGCGUCUCCCAAUUUAGUGUCAAGGGCGAUAAAUUGUCAAAGCUGCGCUUUGCAUUUCGCAUCUACGAUAUGGAUAACGACGGUUACAUUUCAAAUGGCGAACUCUUUCAGGUAUUGAAAAUGAUGGUGGGCAACAAUUUGAAAGACACGCAAUUGCAGCAAAUAGUGGACAAGACAAUCGGUUUCGCGGAUAAGGAUGAGGAUGGCAAAAUCUCUUUUGAUGAGUUCUGUUCGGUUGUGGGCAAUACGGAUAUACACAAGAAGAUGGUUGUCGAUGUUUAAAGAAUGUUCAAAUUGCAUAUAGGUUUACGUCUAACGUGUACUUUUUUUCACUAGUUACUAUUUAUUUUUUUUUAUAUAUUAUCAAUUGUUUGUUUACUCUCAUUUAUUUAAAUUUGUUUAACUAAUUGUUUUGCGUAUUUGUUAUCAAGCUGUCAAGUCAAAAAUUAGCUUGAAACGAAUCUUAAUAUUUACACAGCCGUUAGUGAGCCUAAUUUAAUAAUCACUCGCUUUAAACGCUCCUACGAAUAAUAUAUCACAUUUUCUAAAAGAAACAAAACAACAGAAUUUUUUAAAAAGUUGUAUCUCUAAGUCGUAAAGUAAUCGAAAUGAAUAGAGGAGUAAAAGAAAACGCAAUAUAUGAAUCGAUGCAAAACACCAUAUA